AUGACUGGCCAAAAGCCAUGGGCCGACGGGCCCUUUAUCCUCAUCAGAAGUGCUCGUGUAGGAUCUCAGAAAGGCGUGAAGACCACCGGAGCUAGGCGCAUGGCCGAAGACAUGAUCAUCAUCCACAACAUGAUCAUCCGCAUCAUCAACACGGUCUACCUGCAGUGCAUCAACGUAGAGAAGUCGCCGAGCGACGUCCGGGACUUUGUUUCGUACGCCAUAGAGUGGGCAAAGAUGGUGGAGGAACACCAUCACACUGAGGAGAGGGAUGUGUUCCCGGCAAUCGAGAAGAUGGCAGAAGCACCGGGGCUCAUGGAAGCCAACAUCGCCCAACAUGAGGCCUUCACUGGCGGAUUGCAUGAGUACCUGAGCUAUUUGGAGAAAGUGCAAAAGGGGGAAGGGGAGGGCGAGGAGGCGUACAGCGGAGUGAAGCUCAAGGGCAUCAUUGACUCGUUCAUGCCAGGCCUUCGGCAGCACUUGAGUGACGAGAUUGACACGUUGCUGAAGCUCGGAGAAUAUGAUGUCGAAUGGGACGAGUGGUUUGAGAGACUCAUGAAAGAGCUGCUUAGCAAGAGCAACGACCCGGCGCUUAAGACGCGCGACUGGAUGGCUGACAUGAUGGCUUAA